AUAGAUAACAGCAUACUGGGCAAGCGUCCUUCCUGACACGCAGUUCGGAGUGGUACUUUUAGUUGUAAUCGCUUUGUUUCAUAUCUAUUUCCCCUCAGACAUGCUUUGAGUGUGAACAUGGCAUUUUUGCUCAAUGAUCUUUCAGCGUCUGUAGUCGCAACCAGUGUUUUCGUGGCUAUCCUGAGCUACUUAACCUACCGCCUGCUCACAGGACACCUUCUCCAGUUUUAUCAGCUGAGGAGUAUUCCAGAGUUCGGAACCUCCUACCCCUUCAUUGGACACGCGCUGAUUCUAAAAAAAAAUGCUGGAGAUUUCUUCAGCCAAAUUGUUGAGGCGACAGAAGAGUUCCGUAGCAGUCCACUGUUGAAAAUAUGGCUCGGACCGGUCCCCAUGCUGAUGCUCUACCACCCGGAAACGGUUGAGGCUCUUCUGAACAACUCAGUUCACAUUGACAAGGCCCACUUAUACACCUUUCUUCACCCAUGGCUGGGCACAGGUUUACUUACAAGCACCGGGCCUAAGUGGCGCCAGCGAAGAAAGAUGCUGACUCCUACCUUCCACUUCUCCAUCCUGUUGGAGUUCCUGGAGGUGAUGAACGAGCAGGCUGACAUCCUGGUGGAGAAGCUUGGCAGGGAGGUGGGGGAGGGCCCCUUUGACUGCUUUCAAACCAUUACCCUGUGUGCGCUGGACAUCAUCUGUGAGACUGCAAUGGGGAAGAAAAUGUAUGCCCAAAGUAAUUCAGAAUCCAAUUAUGUCCAGAGUGUGUACAAGAUGAGUGACAUCAUCCUUCGGAGGCAGAAGGCGCCCUGGUUCUGGUGGGACGUCAGCUACAACCUUUUCGGCGAGGGGCUGGAGCACAACCGGAGACUAAAGACCCUCCAUGAAGUCACCUCCAACGUGAUUCAUGAGAGGGCGGACCAACUCCGUCUGGAGGAGGAGGACUCUGACAGUGUUCCGGAGAACGGCACCAGGAAGAGGCGGGCCUUCCUGGACAUGCUCCUGAAGACCGUGGAUGAGGGAGGGAACAAGCUGACCCACAGGGAUAUCCAGGAGGAGGUGGACACCUUCAUGUUCGAGGGCCAUGACACGACCGCCGCCGCAAUGAACUGGGCCGUGCACCUGCUGGGUUCACACCCAGAGGUGCAGAGGAAGGUACAUCGGGAGAUCGACGAGGUUUUCGGCGGGUCCAAACGAUCCAUUACCAUGGAGGACCUGAAGGAGCUCAAGUACCUGGACUGCGUCAUCAAGGAGUCCCUGCGGAUCUUCCCCUCAGUGCCCCUAUUCGCCCGGACACUCUGUGACGACAUCGUCAUUAACGGCUUCAAGGUGCCCAAAGGAGCCAACGCCAUCGUCCUGUCCUACGCCCUCCACCGGGACCCCCGCUACUUCCCCAACCCCGAGGAAUUCCAGCCAGAGCGCUUCCUGCCAGAGAACUCCGUCGGCAGACCCCCAUACGCAUACAUACCCUUCUCUGCUGGCCUUCGGAACUGCAUCGGCCAGCGUUUCGCCAUGAUGGAGGAGAAAGUGGUUCUGGCGUCCAUCUUGCGCUCCUUCAACAUCGAGGCGUGUCAGAAACGGGAGGAGCUCCGACCCUUCGCAGAUCUAAUCCUGCGGCCAUCGAACGGCAUCCUCAUCAAGCUGGAGAGGAGAGAGUAGAUCUCUGGUGGUCCCAUGCUGUUCCUCUGGGAGCUGCCAGAAGCUUGUUCCCCCCUCCCGAUGAGGAGAAACCUCUCACCUCGACUAUGACAGAGGAGCUGCAUCUUGAUUAAGCAGCAAUACUUUUAGUUUGAGGUUGAAUUUGAAUAAUAAAUGCAAUUUUCUGUGGCAACAAUUGUAAGAGGGCUGCCUUGAAUAACACAUUUGCUGUGAAAAAAAGUGUACUCAAGUAUAUCCAGUAAUCAAAAAAUGUCACUCAACAUUUGCGUUUGGAGAGUGAGCCUACUGACUAAGUCUUUUUCAGGGUUUUGCCUUGACUUUCACCCACACAUUGUGCACUUGUGAAUCCAACGCUACACACAAAGACAGUUUGUCAGGGACUCUCACGUGAUUGUGUUUUGGAGGGCACCCCCACCCAAUCGUGGGUACACAGAAUUACAGGUGUGUACCCACACCUGUAAUUCGCUUUUGCCAUUUUUAAGAGUUACACCACACCUUACACUUUCUGCUCAACAAACCUACGCUACUCGCUUUGGACUGGACUAACUCUCUCUCUCUCUCAAGGUCAUGCAAUUAUGGGCUCCUUUGAAGUGGGGGCGCACCUAAUCUCACAGCUAAAUCAUCUGUAAAAAUCACAGGUCACGUUCCCAUAUCCCUGUCUGAUUGGAAAGGUUUCCACCAGCUCGCUACAAAGUCAUACUCCAGUCUGUAUUAUUUGUUGCUUCUUUUUUUCAUGCAUUUUUCGACAUGCAUUAAGGAGACAGUAAGCACGAUUUGAGAGUUGUGGAGAGAGCCCGCAGAAAUGAGCGGAAAAGAGCAAGAAUUUGAAUCAGAAAAAGAUUGUCACCUUGUUCUCUGCUCCCCCACUCUCCAUCAUUUGGAAUUGUUGCAUUCAUGCACCGUGAUUGACCCGACCUGGGAGCAGUCUGAAAUCUAAAUUGGCUCAGACACAUCCACACCUUGCAGAGUACACUAUUCAGUCAGGCUGGAACCCUCUUCUCCCAGUAAAUGUUCUCUCCAGUGGAAAAAGUUAUUUUGUACUUGAAACAAGAGAGUCCAGUCAUUGUACUAUGGGGGGUAUGAGCCGUUGGCAUAACCUUGGACUUGGAGAAUCUGCAACAAGCUGCCUCUACAACUAAAACAACAAAAAAGACGUUGGUCCCUAGCUGCUGGGACUUGGAAUAAUAACAUAGAUAGAAAAAUAUAGAAACCAUACAACUUUUCUUUGUUUCAGAUCAUGAAGCACAUGAGUGCAUUGGAUAGUAUUGGUAAAACUAAGGGCACAUACAAGGACAAUACAAGUGUUAUUAUUAUCUAUUUUUAUUUAUCCUGCAUUUUAUAUAUUUGAUGUUUAAUAUAGACCACCAAAUAUUAAUCAAUAUGUAAGAAUAGGACAGAAAAACGAAAAAAGCCAUGUUGUGAGAAAAUAGGAUUUCUGAGUGGAUGAGGGCCAAAUCCAGGAGAGAGUCACCGGCAGCCCACAAGAGAUGAAGAGAAAUGGAUUAGUAUCUGUCUAGAAAACAAUGCUAAGAUUGGCUGUGGAAUAAUUUUAUAUCAAUCAAUAACAAGUCAAGUGCUGCUGUUAAUGAGUGGUAUAUUUCUGUUUAUUUUGUAUAGUAUAGUAUCUGUCUUUUUUCUUUUUGGACAAUAACGGUCUGGAUGAUCAAACCAUC